AGCAUUUCUUAAGAACUUACCGAAAAUAGCAAUGCAAGUCUUCCUCCUCCUCCAUAGACAACUUUCUCUUCUUCUUCUUCUUCCGCUUCUACUUUUGCUGCAGUUGCAGUGUAGUGGCAUGAGCAAUGAUUCAAAUCAGUCACCAUGUGAUUUAGGAAAACGUUGUCGUUUGAAUGAGGGUACUCAUGUAGUGCCAGCAGUGAUAGUGUUUGGAGAUUCAGUAGUAGAUACAGGAAACAACAAUAAUUUAGCGACAGUUUUCAAGGUGAAUUACCCUCCUUAUGGAAAAGACUUUUAUGGAGGUCAACCCACCGGCAGGUUUUCUAAUGGCAAAGUUCCUCCCGAUCUCAUUGUUGAAGAACUAGGAAUCAAAGAAGUAUUGCCACCUUAUCUUGGCCCAAGACUACCGAUCGAAGAUCUAAGAACCGGAGUGAACUUUGCAUCGGGAGGUGGUGGAUAUGAUCCUCUUACGUCUCAGCUUGCUUCGGUGAUAUCACUUCCGGGACAAAUAGAGUUGUUCAAAGAAUACUUGGAGAAGGUGAAGUCGAUGGCAGGUGAGGAAGCAAUAAAUGAUAUAUUAAGCAAAGGAUUGUUCGUUGUGGCAACAGGGAGUAAUGACGUCACCAAUACGUAUUUUAAUAACCCUCUACGAAGAUACCACUUUGACUUUGAAUCCUACUCUCGUCUUCUGGUGGACUCUGCUUCCUCAUUCUUACAGGAUUUAUACAAUUUAGGUGUUCGAAGAAUCGGAGUUUUCAGUUUACCACCAAUAGGAUGUCUACCUUCACAAAGAACAUUAGUAGGAGGAAUACAAAGAGAAUGUGUUAAGAACUACAAUGAGUUGGCAGAAUUAUUCAACACCAUGCUAUCAAUGGAGAUUAAUUCUUUAAGCCAGCGUCUCCCUUUUGCAAAGAUGGUUUACGUUGAUGCUUACUAUCUUCCACUUGAUAUGAUCCAAAACCCUGCAAAAUAUGGUUUAAUAAGACAAAUCCAAAUAAUACAUACAAAUUUUGAAUGCACGGAUAUUCACGUCAUGAAAAUUUUGGACUUCUGUUCAUUCUUUAAAGAAAAAGGCUGCUGUGGUACAGGCACUAUAGAGGUGGCAUUCUUAUGCAAGUACACAUGUACAAAUGUGUCGGAAUACGUAUUCUGGGACAGCUUUCAUUUUACGGAGGAUGCAUAUAGAAUCAUUGUUAGAGAUUUUCUGAACAAAAAUUUGAAGAACUUAAUUAUGUGACCCUAGAAUCGUCAUUCCAUGCAAGAAGAAGAGCUAUAUCUAAAGUAAUAUAUGACCUUAAAGAACUUAAAUUCCACCUUCAAAUCUCAAGAUCUUGUAAAGAUGUUGGAAGGCUUUUCAUAUCGUUAUCUUUCGUUUUUUCUCCAUGGUCACUUGUUUCUCGACCGAUUAAGAUUAAUAUUAGCAUUUUUGAUAGAUAAUAGAUAAAGAACAUCUAUUAUUAAUAUUCGCAUUGUUGAUCCAUAACCAUAUCUGACUUUUGGUGCUUACUUACUUACCUACCUACAUGUAUUCUUAGUUUCUUACAUAAAGGCCUACACAUACUUGAUUGACAAAAGGAUGUUUCUAAUUAUACACAAAAGCUUAUUGAUAUUAUAAAAAAUAAGCUUUACUGAUUACAGGUCACUCGAAUUGCACUUAUCAUCUAUUGAAUGUCUGCUUUGGUGCAAGUGGAGGUGACCCUGAAUAUCACCCAAGGCAGUAACCACUUGACUCAAGGUUACUACAAUGUCAUCAAACCUAGAGAGAAAGUAUUGCCUAUCUUUGAUGGCCUCUUCUUUCAGAUUUUUAAGAGCAGCCUCAAGAGCACAUAAUUGUGCUUUCAGUGUUGGAUCAAAGAUUGUAGUGCGAGAGGAUGUAGGCCUUUGAGAAGAGUCAAGAGUUGUGGCCCUGAAUGCACCAUUCCUCACUAACAUACUUUUGAGAGUCCGACAUACACUAAGUUGACCAUGGGCUCGGAUGCAAUUGAAAGCCUAGAACCACCACCAACUGAAGUUAUUUUAUCAAUUGAUGAGGUGUCUUGGAUUGAAUCUGACUCCAAUUCCGACUCCGACUCCAAUUCCACAACCAUGGGCUCGGAUUCCAACUCCGACUCAGACUCCAACUCCAACUCCAACUCACUUUGUGUUUCAACAAUCCCAUCAGCCAUUUCAACCGGAGUUGGUUUAGAUAGUUUUUUCCUUUGAGUUCAUCUCGUCAGCUUCUUUGAAGGAGAAGAGGAAGACAUUGGAUUUGACAUUAACAUCUUAGUUCUAUUUAGAGGGGAUGGUUUGUUGGAUAAAUAAUUCUAACUCAGUCAAGUCAAGUUUGACUUGAGUCUGGUAGAAAUAAUGGGUAAAACCUGUUACCAUUAGUUUAGGAGUUAGUGGAGUAAUGUUUCUGUUUUUCUCUAAGUAGUUUUGAAGUUCAAAUAGAAGUAGAUGUCUCAUUUAUUUUCAAUGUAGAAGUUCCACUUUUCAGUAAGAAAACAAAGGCUUAGAAAAUUGUCCCAUUUUGAUCCUCUGUUCUUGUUAUUUAUCCCCUGCAUGCAUCUGUUGUGUAAUUUUGUCUCUGUGCAGACCCAUUUCUAACACUUGGUAUCAGAGCACCAUGUCCGGUUUAUGCCAAAAUAUAUCCGGUACCAAACAAUGUCAUCUUCCAACCAAAUCGUUACAAGAGAGAAUGACGGAGUGCCAUUUCAAUGUCCGCUGUUGAAUCCCACGAACUACACCUCGUGGCAAUUAAGAUGGAAUCUAUAAUAGAUGCCCAGGAAAUAUGAGAGUCCAUUAAACCAAUAGCCGGAGAAGCUGUGGAUGAGAAGAAGAACAAGUCGGCUCAAGCUUUUCUUUUUCAAGCAUGUGACAUCCCCAAAAUCUCGGCCAGAAAAGACCGAUUUUCAUUUAUGCUUUUAAAUAUUUUCAGAGUAAAUCCUUUUGAUUUGAAAGAGUUGCGGAAUUUGUUCCCAAAAACAAAACAUGAUAAAACAUUGUUUACCGAAGCAUUUCAUAAAAGAAAUGUA